AUGUGUAAUAUAUGUAAUAAUUCGAAAACAAUCGAGGCGCAACAGUUAUCAGCAUUUGCAGGUCAAAAGCGCCAGGCUGAUCAAAUGGUAGCUGCGACAAAAAAAAUGUUACCCAAUGUUGAUGUGGGUGAAUGCGUCCUUAUUAACAUUGAUAAAGUUGAUCGCAGUCCAGGGGAUCCUCAAAACCUUAUUACUGUCGUAACGGACAUUAAAAAUGGAGUGUAUCAGGUUGACACUGUCGGAUGUAUUAUUAAAUCGUGGUUAAAUAGACCAGAUAUAAAAAAAGCAACAGCUGGGUUUAUUACUUUGGAUCAAAUAAAUAAAAAUAAGUUUAUAUCAGUAAGGGAGGCAGUAUCUUUAGAAUCUCUUUUUAAAGGACAAGGUUACGUUAAAUGUUCAUGCCAACCAUCUAAAACUCAAUGUAAAAGCAAAAGAUGUCAGUGCUUUAAAGCAAAUAUGCAAUGUAAUUCACGGUGUCACAAAAGUGGUCCAUGUGCGAAUAAAUAA